AUGACAGAUGUUAAACCAAUUGGAAUCUCUCAAAAUCAGCCACAACAAACACAACAGUCACAGCAACAGCAGCAGCAGCAGCAGCAGCCACAACAAACACAACAGCAGCAGCAGUCGCAACAACAACAACAACAACAAGCUCAACCACAGCAAAUGAUGAUUGCAACCCAUGAUAUCCAACAACAGCAAAAUGUACAGCAACAACAACAGCAUGUUCAGCAGCAAUCAUCUCAGCCACAACAAGUACCACAGCAAGCACAACAACAAGUACAAUCUCAACAAGUUCAACCACAACAACAGAUUCAACAGCAAGUGCAAUCACAACAACAAAUGCAAGUGCAACAGCAAGUUCAGCAACAAGUACAACAGCAAGUGCAACAACAGCAACAGCAACAGCAGUCUCAGCAACAACAGUCUAAUAAUGGACCUCAUAACGUUGUUCCUACUCAAGUGCAGGUACAGCCACAGGUAGCAGCAAUUAUGCCCCAGCAGCAGGGUGCUGUUGCAGUAUCAAUGCAACAUCAACAACAAGGAGUUGGAGGUGUAUCUAUGACCUUGUCUGGCCAACAAGGAGCAACAACUAUAACUACUAUGGCUGCACAUCCACAAGCAGUGCAAGUUAUUCAACAACCUAUGCAAAAUCAAGCAUAUCAUUUACAACAACUUUAUAAUACUCAAGGAACUCCAUUAUUGAUGCCAGGAAAUUUAGCUCUCCAUCCUGCUGGCAUCAAUCCUUCAUCUAUACAAGCUACAUUACAGGUUAUAACUGCUGGGAAGCCAUUUCAAUCUGCUGCUCAAUUGACACCUCAUAUGCUAACAACAGCAUCAACACCAGGUCAAGGGGGUGGUCAUCCUGCAGCUGGAGGAACUAAAGUCCAAGGGUUUCCUACAGGUUAUUUACCAGUACCUACUUCAGCUACACCUGGUGCAGGACAAACUCUGGUAUUUGGUCAACUUGGUGUACUUGGUUCUCCUCAACCACCUCCGUCUAUACAACAACAACAGCAACAAUCUGCAAACAAACAAGAUCAAGUGCAAAAGUACACUACGUGUACAGCGGCUACUCCAUCUGGUGGACGAGGUGGUAUGCAGUUUGCUCCUUGGCAAUUUACACCACAAGUUGCUUGGACUGGAAUACAACCACCAGCACUUCUAACCAAUCAAAUAUUCAUUAGAGGCCCUACUCAACCUGAUAUGUUUAUACAAAGUCCACAACCAAUUCAAGCUCAUAAUGCACUAGCUACGCAACAACAAAUUCAAGGAGUACAACAAAUUGCUGCAGCUAGUGGAAAACCAAAGGUAAUGGAUAUACAACAACAACAGCAACAGAGUAAACAAAGUACAGGUGGACAACGACCUCUGAGUAUUUUGCCGUCCUCUUUACAAGCAGUACAAGCUGCUAAUAUACGAGCUGCCAGUUCUGUUUCAACACAAACUGUUCAUGGAGUACAAACUAUGAGUGGAAAAGGAAGCGGUAGUAGUGGUAAAGGCCGUGGUAAACCACUGCAAUCGCCGCAACAACCGCAACAACAGUCACAGCAAACGAUGCAGCAACAACAUCAACAGGUUUUUAUUCAACAGAAACAGCACACGCAGCAGCAACAGCAAAUGCAACAGCAAUAUCAGCAACCGCAAGUGCAGGCAUCACAACAGCAAAUUCAACCGAAACCAAUAAUGACAAAUAUGGCUCUGCAACAACAACAACAACAACCAGGUGUAGUUCUUGGUGGGGAACGCCCGAUUAUGCCUGUAGUUUCGGUGAGCGGAGUUGGCGUUGCUACAUCUCAAACGAGUCAAGUACAACAAUCUCCUAUGUCUGCGGUACAACAAUUACCAUUACAGGCAAUCAAUUCGACAAUAAUUGGUAGUCAAAUAGUUAGUGGGACAUCACAGGUACAAACAAUGUCUAUGAUAAAUCAAACAACCGAUCAGCAAACACAUGAUAAUAACAAUUCUACAAUAAUGAUCACGUCACCUGAUCGUCAAGCCGAAUGUUCUUUAGUAUUAUCACCUGCUACAAAUACUCCUCCAGCAAGCGAAGAGAAUUCUAAAUCAGUGGUGAAAAAGGAGGAUUCAAUUCCAGUCACAAUAGAAGAAGUUACAGUAUCUCAGCCAGAAACUACAGAUGGGGACCAAUCUAAAGUAGCUGUAAAAGAUGAAGAAAAUUCAUCAGUAAAAUUAGAAGAGAAAUCAUGUAGCAAUCCUUUAGCAGGACUAGCGAAUACAAUUAAUUCUAUUACAAAUGGUGUAAAUAAUGAAGAUUCAACAGCAAUUCCUGUUUCGGUACCAGUUAAUGCAAAUAGUAAACAUGUACCACCGAAAGCGAUGGUUAAACCACAAGUUCUUACACAUGUAAUUGAAGGCUUCGUUAUUCAAGAAGCAUCUGAACCAUUUGCUGUUAAUCGAACGUCAUUAAAUAAUACAGUUAAUCAAGAAACGAGUAACAUUUUAAAUCGUAAUAGUAAUUCAUCAUCUGAAAAAGAUAAUCAUGAAGAACCUCCAAGGAAAAAACACGCACCCAAUUAUCCCAAUGACGAAGACGUAAAUAAUGUUCAUAUUGGAAAGUGCGAAGCUUGUGGUAAUUUAAUAGAUGAACAAAAUAUCAAAUUCAAAAAAGAGAAACGAUUCUGUUCUUCCAGUUGCGCUAAGAGUAAAAAACGAGAAGCAAGAGACCGUGAUGGUACUGAAAAACAAUGGACUGAAUUAGAGACUGAAUCAAAAACUGAUGGAGAUAUAAAAAAGAACGGGGAAGAAAAAUCAUUGUCUAGUACAACCACUACUUCUUCCGUUGAUGAAACACUGCCUAAAAUUAAUCCUGUGAAGUGGACGGUUGGUGAAGUGUGUGAUUUUAUACGCGGAUUACCAGGAUGCGCGGAUUAUGCGGAAGAUUUUGCUAUUCAAGAAAUAGAUGGUCAAGCAUUAAUGUUACUCAAAGAGGAUCAUCUUAUGUCAGCUAUGAGCAUUAAGUUGGGUCCUGCAUUGAAAAUCGUAGCCAGAAUCGAUUCAAUGCGUGUGGAGUCGUCAAACUCUAAUCCUACAUCUAAUAGUUCAUAAAUGUUUAUUAUUUAAGAUUUUUACUCGCAGAAUUUCAAAUUGCAGCCUAUGAGCUACAGGGUUUGUGCAAGUAUUUGAUUGGAUUAUAGAGAUAAGAUAUUUAAGAGAAACAUAAGAUACUGUUUCGUUUGAUAAAAAUAUUCUUUUCUUUUUUUUAAACGAAAUAAGAAGUUUAAUUAUUAAUAUACUACUUCUAAGUUCUACUCUUAUGAUUUAAAGAUCGAUCUAUGUAAGACUAAGUUUCAAGCUAUUUUUAUAUAUUAUUAUAUAUAUUAUUAUAUGAAAUAACUAUAUUAAUAUGAUAUUGCAAAUAAAGUAUAAUAUGUAUUUAAUUUUUUAAGUUUAGUGUACUAUAUUGAUGACUCAUGA